CGCCCGGCCGCCGCCGGCCCCGCCGCACACGGGCGGAGCGAGCGGGAGCCCGCGGCGCUGCCGCAGCCGGGCCGGGCCGGGCCGCUCAGCGCUGCCGGGGCCAGCGGGGCCGGCCGCAGCUGCCCCCGGGAUGACUCUCAAGUCGGGGCGCAGCGCCGGCGGCGGCAGCAGCAGCAUGAGGACGGCGCUCUCCGACCUCUACCUGGAGCACCUCCUGCAGAACCGGCCCAAGCCCGAGGCCAUGACUCAGUCCCCAAACACCUUGACUGAGGACAUUUACACCAACGGCUCAGCGACCCUGGGCAGCCCCUCGCACAGCAACAGCCGCGAGGUGCGCAAGAUCCGCCUUGUCCAGUUCGAGAAGGUCACCGAGGAGCCCAUGGGAAUCACGCUGAAGCAAAAUGACAAGCAGAGCUGCAUGGUGGCCAGGAUCUUCCAUGGGGGCAUGAUUCACAGACAAGGCUCCCUUCACGUGGGUGAUGAAAUCAUAGAAAUCAAUGGGCAGAGUGCGAGCAACCACUCAGUUGACCAGCUGCAGAAGAUGCUGAAAGAAACCAAGGGGAUGGUGUCAUUAAAAGUCAUUCCCAACCAGCAAAGCCGCCUCCCUGCUCUCCAGAUGUUCAUGAGGGCACAGUUUGACUAUGACCCCAAGAAAGACAACCUGAUCCCCUGCAAGGAAGCAGGACUGAAGUUUCAGAUUGGUGAUGUGAUUCAGAUCAUAAACAAGGAUGACAGCAACUGGUGGCAGGGCCGGGUGGAGGGCUCCUGCACUGAGUCAGCAGGACUCAUCCCUUCUCCAGAGCUGCAGGAGUGGCGUGUGGCAAGCGUCACCCAGCCCAGCCAGAGUGAAUCCCCCAGCUGCAGCCCCUUUGGGAAGAAGAAGAAGUGCAAAGAUAAAUACCUGGCCAAGCACAGCUCAAUUUUUGACCAGCUGGAUGUCGUUUCCUACGAGGAGGUGGUGAGGCUGCCUGCCUUCAAGAGGAAGACUCUGGUGCUCAUUGGGGCCAGUGGUGUGGGCCGCAGCCACAUCAAGAAUGCUCUGCUCAGCAACAACCCAGAGAAGUUCAUGUACCCACCCCCAUACACCACACGCCCCCAGAAGAAGAAUGAGGUGGAUGGGAAGGACUAUUACUUUGUCUCCACCGAGGAGAUGACCCGGGACAUCUCAGCCAAUGAGUUCUUGGAGUUUGGAAGCUACCAGGGAAACAUGUUUGGCACCAAGUUUGAAACAGUGCACAAGAUCCACCAGCAGGACAAAGUCGCUAUUUUGGACAUCGAGCCCCAGACCCUCAAGAUUGUCCGCACGGCCGAGCUCUCCCCGUUCAUAGUCUUCAUUGCCCCGACAGACAAGGCAGAGGAGUCAGAGGCUCUGCAGCAGCUCCGCAAAGACUCGGAGAGCAUCCGGAGCCGGUACGCACACUACUUCGACCUGUCCCUGGUCAACAACGAUGUGGAAGAGAGCCUCCAGCUGCUGCAGGAAGCCUUUGAGCAGGCCUGCAGCUCUCCACAGUGGGUGCCUGUCUCCUGGGUCUACUGAAGGGGCACCCGAGCCCAUCUGCUUCCCAUCAACCAUCCUGCAGCCACUGGGAAACACCUCCUCAGCUUCCCCUGCCCCACAGCCCAGCACAGCUCCCCUCCUCUGCUGCUCCACGGACAUGGUCUCGGUUCACACACACUCACAGGGUGCCCACAGCUCCCCUCCUGGGGGAACAAACACAGGACAAAGGCUGCCUGGGGGCCAGGCACCUCCCGUGACACUGCAGGGCAGAGCAGGGGCUACAGCAGAGCCCAGGUUAGCUCAGAGCACAGUUACCUGCCCUCCCUGGGCAAGGGAAAGCACAGUACUGCUGUAGCACCCAGCUGACUUUCCCUGCAGCAGUCCCAAGUGGCAGAACGGGGGCUUUUCCAGGCAGAUGUCUCCUGGCAUGGCAGGAAUGCACACAAAGCAAACCCUUCCCUUCUCAAUCCAAGGGUUUCCUCUCACAAAUGGGGAGGAUGAUGAAUGUGGCACGGAGCACCCCCAGGCAGGCCUCACCCCAUGUUCCCAGGUUGAAGUUUUCUCAUUCACCCUGUGCAGCCAUAAAAGGUGUAAAAACUCACUGUAUUGGAAUUCUCACCGUGCAGCUUGGAUUGUUACUGCCUGGCCAGAGAUCUGGGCAGCAGCUGAGCCAGUCCCACAGACCAAACCCCAGAGGGACCCUUCAGUGGGUAAUUACAUCCAGCCACAACUAUCUGUUGCAUGCAGUAGAAAAGCGUCUACAAAGAUUGUCCAGGCAUGUUUUCCAGUCUAGGGUGUCUCUCACUGUAUGCAAACAUGAAAGCCAUGCUCAGCCCUGGGUUUGUACUGACUCACAAGCCCCAUGCCACCAUGUCUGGGAAGUAUCACCACAUCCACCACGUAGGUGAAAAAUCUCAUUUGCGUGUUCAGUCAGCUAUAGGGGCAAGGGGAAGUUGGUUAAAAAGUCUUGUGCAAUUUUUUUUUUUAAGGAUGCCAAAAAUAAAAAUCUAUGUGCAAUAGGGACCUUUGUUCUGAUCCACUGCAGGGAAACAAUGAGCAGCAAUAAAUGUGUGCUGAAACAUU